AUGUCUUUGCUUACUAAUAGCUCAAAUACAAAAGUAACAUUUAAGAUUACAUUGGCAUCUGAUAGAAAAAACCCAUAUAAGAUUUUGUCUGUACCUGAGGAUACACCAUUCACAGCAGUAGUAAAAUUUGCAGCAGAACAAUUUAAGGUAUCUGCAACUACAAGUGCAAUAAUAACAAUGGAGGGAGUAGGAGUAAAUCCUAAUAAUACAGCUAGUCAAGUAUUUCUUAAACAUGGGGGCGAUUUACAACUUAUUCCACGUGACCGUGUAGGAUUUAAUAGAUAUUAA